AUGGGAUCAGUCGCUACCACCCACUCCGACAAGCAGUCUGCGAAGGAGUACCCUAAGGGGUGGAAACUGGCUCUCCUCAUGAUUGCGAUCUGCUUGACUAUCUUUCUGAUUUCCCUUGAUCUCUCGAUUAUUGCUACCGCUAUCCCCGCAAUCACAUUUGAAUUCCAUAGUUUGGAUGAUGUUGGCUGGUAUGGAAGCUCGUAUCUUCUCACAACGGCAUCUUCGCAGCUCCUUGUCGGAAAGUUUUACUCCACAAUGGGCAUCAAAUGGGUGUUCUUGAUCGCACUCGUUGUGUUCGAGGUCGGUAGUGCUAUUUGCGGUGCAGCGCCGAAUUCCGUGUCUCUCAUCCUAGGACGAGCCAUUGCUGGCUGCGGCAAUGCUGGUCUGUUGUCCGGGGCACUCCUCAUCUUGGCCCAUAGUGUAUCACUGGAGAGGCGUCCUUUAUUUACUGCCCUCACUGGUGGCACGUAUGGCGUCGCAGCCAUUGCCGGACCUCCGCUUGGUGGUGUCUUCACGGACAAAAUCUCAUGGCGGUGGUGUUUCUAUAUCAAUCUCCCCAUCGGUGCCGUGACCUUUCUUGUCGUGGUGCUUUUCUUUAAGAACCCUAGCCUGCCCGAUGCCCCAGUAUCUCGCACCCUGUUUGACCGGAUCAAGCAGUUCGAUCCUCUGGGAAGCAUACUCUUCAUGCCGGCCGUUAUCUGCCUCCUUCUGGCGCUUCAGUGGGGAGGAGCCCUAUACCCGUGGAAUAGCGGCAGGGUUAUCGCCCUGUUUGUUGUGUGCGGUAUGCUCCUCAUCGCCUUCUUCAUCGUUCAGUGGCAUGCCCAAGACAACGCCACCGUGCCGCCACGCAUAAUCAGGAACCGGACCAUCUGGUCCUGCGCCGUAUACCAGCUAGCCCUAGGGGCCGGCUUUUUUGCGUUUGUCUACUACGUGCCCAUCUGGUUCCAAGCCGUGCAGGGCGUCAGUGCCAUCGAGUCGGGAAAACGCACAUUGCCUAUGCUAGUUGGCAACAUCGUCGCAACCACCCUCUCAGGCAUAGCCGUCACCGCCAUCGGCCUCUACGCGCCGUUCAUGAUUCUAGGCACCAUAAUAACCUCUGUAGGCGGUGGCCUGCUGACACUGUUCAAUCCAAACACCAGCACAGCCGCCUGGGUCGGCUAUCAGGUCCUCGUCGGCGUGGGAAUCGGCCUAGGAUGGCAGCAACCCUUCGUGGCCGUCCAAACAGUCUCCAGCAUGGCCGACGUACCCACUGCGACGGCCAUCCUAUCCUUCUCCCAGACAAUCGGCGGUGCGGUCUUCAUCAGCGUAGCCCAAACCGCGUUCACAAGCCGACUGACCCACGAGCUGCUCGCUAAGGUUCCGGACCUAGACCCCUUCGUGGUUCUGGACAGCGGCGCAUCCGAUCUAGCAGGUCAUGUUCCCAAGAAGUACCUUUCGGUGGUCAUUUGGGCGUACAGCAAUGGAUUGAAGAAUACGUUCAUUGUCGGCACCGUCAUGGCUGCGUUGUCUGUCAUAGGUAGCACGUUCGUGGAAUGGAACAGCGUAAAGGGUAAGAAGAUCGAAGCUGGUAUCGCCGCCUAG